AUGCCGUCUGGCCUCGUGCUCGCGAACGGCGAUGGUCGAUUCAGUACCGGCACGCGGCCGACAUCGAUCUGCGCCGCCGAGUCACCGCCUCCGGCCUCGUACUCGCGGACGAGCCGCAUGAGCGCCUCGUUGGACCUGCUGAAUGAGAAGCAGCUGGAGCUGGUAGAGUCCGAGAAGCAGCUCCAGCUUAUGUUGUUUGUUGGCCGGAGCAAGUACAGAGGAGAUGGUGGUGGGCGGCCGCCGGGGAGGUGGUUGUGGCCCGGGAGAGGGGGCGGCCAUGGACGGGGAGGUGAUCGUGGUGAACGGCUUUGGCCACCAGCAUCAAGGUCGACGGGGAGGACUUCCGGGAGGGCCGGCGGCGGGAGGAGGUCCGGGAGGGCCGGCGGGGGGAGGAGCUCCUGGAGGGCCGACGGGAGGGUCGACCGGCGGCGGGAGGAGCUCCGGGACGGCCGGCGGCGGGAGGAGCUCCGGAACGGUCGGCAGCGGGAGGAGCUCCGGGAGGGUCAUCCGAUGGCGGGGUGUUUCUCUUUACUGUGCAUGUCUAGAGAAAAGAUGGGCAUCGGCUGCGAAAGAUGCGAACGGAGGGAUGAACUCGACUACUGCAAUCUGGAUGACCGGGAUAAAUAUUUCUUGAUGUUCAUGGUGGAUGGCUACCGUCGUGAGAUGAUCAUCCCACAUGAUUUUCUGAGACGAUUCAGGGGUGUGAUCCCAAAAGAGAUCAAGCUAGAAACACGAAAUGGUCAUAGUUACACUGUCCAAGUUGCCAAGUAUCCAGAUAAGCUAGUCCUUGGAGAAGGAUGGGGGGCAUUUGUCGAAACCUACCAUCUACAGAUUGAAGACUCUGUGGUACUUAGAUACAAUGGAAACUCUCAGUUUAAUGUCAUAGUUUUUGAUCGACUUGGCCACGAGAAAGCAUCGUCGGUUGUUGCAGAUAAUGCUGCUGUGUCUACUUAUGUGCAUGAAAGGCACAUAGGCAAUCCUGAAACAUUGGGCUGUUCUGAUGGUCAUCCCCAGCCCCCUGAAAUGCAAUCUCCUGCUGAAAAUGUGAACCGUUAUCAAGGGCACGCUCAGCCUGUGCGCAUGCAGCUAUCUACCGAAAAUAUGAGAUGUUCUGAACCUCAGCCCAUGCAAAUGCUAUCUCCUACUCCAAGUCUGGACCAUUUUGUUGGCCAUACUCAGCCCAUGGAAAUGCAACCACCUACUGGGAUUCAGAACCAUUCUAAUUGUAAUCCUCAGUCUGUGCAAAUGCAGUUGGCAUGUGAACGCACCGAGAGACAUUCAAAUCUUCAAAGGGAUAAAUCAUGUCAGGGCCGCAAGACCGUGGCGAGUUCUUCAGGAGAUUCUUUGUCCUUAGCAGAUGAUAUUGAAGUAUGUGAUACACCUACAUACAUGCUCGGGUGGAACACUCAUCUAAGUGAAGCGCAGAAGAAGGAAGUUGACCAGAAGGUCCAAUCUAUGCAUUCGGACAACCCAAUCUUUGUGUCCAUGAUGAGCAAGUGCAAUGUUACGGGAACGUUCACUCUAAGUAUCUCCAAAGAAUAUGUCGAGAGAUACGUGGGAGAUAAGGAGCGUAGCAUAUGUCUUCAGCGACUUGGCAAGAGGUGGGAAGUGUAUUUUGGUGGUCGGCCUUCAGAGAAAAGGAUUGUAUCUGGAUGGCGGAAGUUUGUAAAAGACAAUGGUAUUGAGAUGGGUGAUAUCUGUAUCUUUGAAUUGUUGAAAAAAUGUAAGACAUGCACAAUGGAAGUCCAAAUCAUCUGUGCGAAGGAUAUUAAUACACCCUCCAAAAUUGGUUGCGACGGACUCCAAGAAAGGCAUAAAGAUGCUACUAAAACAGUGGAUCAUUCUCAUUCUCGUCCUCAGCUUAAGAAGAUGCAAUUGCGUAAUGAAACCGUGCAAGAUUCUCUUGUUCAUCCUCAGCCCAUGCAAAGACAGCCACCUUUAAAAGAAAAACAGUUACAACUUCAAAGGGGUAACUCUAGUCAGGGCAACAAGAGAGAUUCUUUGUCCUCGGAAUAUAUUGGUCAUGAAAUAGACCCUUUUCCUCAUUACAUCACGGCACGUUUUACGCGCCUAACUCAAGUUCAAGAGAAGGCAGUGAAGCAGAAGGUGCAAUAUAUCGAUUCUGAAUUUCCAAUAUUUGUGGUCGUGAUGCAAAAGACCAAUGUUACUGGAAGAUUCACUCUAAGCAUCUCCAAUAAAUAUGUUGAGAAAUAUUUGGGAGGUGAUGUGCGGAGCAUCUGGCUUGUGCGACAAGGUCAGAGGUGUCAUGUGAGGUUUGGACGUAGGCCUCACGAUAAUAGUAGGAUUGCAAGUGGCUGGGCAAAGUUUGUGAAAGACAAUGAGGUGGAGAUUGGCGACAUCUGCCUGUUCGUGCCGCUGGCGCGCCGGAAGUUGUGCGCCAUGAAAGUUCAUAUCAUCCCCGCAAAGGAUGUCAGUUGA